AUGAUCAGUGAGAGGUGCAUCGGGUCUUUCGUAACCCGACCCAAGCGUUGUAAUUCAGAUUUCUCUCUCACAGAGUCGUGGAAAUAUUUUUAUGAAACAGAUGGUGAUCCGGUUGGCUGGGGUGGGGCCGGGAAGGUUUUCCGUAUCAAACCUAAAUGCCAAAAUCCUUUGCACGAACGAAAGUUGAGCGUGCCUUCCAAUGCUGUCGACGGUGAAGUGGAACCUGUUUGUGAUAUUGUUAAUGAAAUACCGAAUGGGAAAUCUCUUGCUAUCAAAAUUAUUCGCCGAUUCCGUUUUGGGAGGGACUCCAUUGAAAAGAUUCGUAAAGAAAUUGAAAUGAUCAGGGCUCUGCAACCUUCUCAAGGGGUCGACAAGAAUGCAUCCGUUCCUAGUGCUGCUGCUCCUCUCCUUUUUUCUGUCCAUGAGGAUCCGACUCAAGUUGCCAUCGUAAUGGAGUAUGCUUCUGGUGGUUCAUUAUUUGACCUUUGCCGAUCCUGUAUGCCCGUGAAUCCUGCUGUUCCUUUAAGAGAUUUUAAUCUGAACAAUGGACUUUGUUCUCCACAUUCGCGUGUCCCAGAACCAUAUGUCUCCUCGGUUCUUGUGAGAAUCGUCGACGCCCUUGCGUACAUGCAUGACAAGGCUAAUAUCGUUCAUCUUGACAUCAAGGCAAGUCAGAAAGUAGUUCGUACACCUGUAUACUUUGCCCUUUUGUAUACAUUGCUUGAUUGGCGGCGUGAACUCGGCUCUGAUCGCUUCCUCUUGUUUGUCUUACAGGCGGAGAACAUUCUCCUACGCGAGCCCUACCCAUCGCCAGACGUCUUCAUAACCGACUUCGGCUUGGCUUCGGUCCUGAGCAAGUCGAAACCGCACAAGGAACUGGCAGGCACACCCGACUACACUGGUGUUAUCGUGGUUUUCACCACACAGACGACAGCCAUGCAAGCAUCUGCCACACCUAGCCCCUCCUUCGUCCGUGGUAAAGAGGUUGUGUGGACUGGUAUCGGACACGCCCCCCUACCCACUUCCACGGUCGUAGGUGUACUUUUAGCGGCAUCACGCACUGCGCCACCCGCAAUUGACCUCAACCGUGUCGUCGGGCUUGGGGCGGAGGUUGGCCGGUGUGCAGGUUUCGACGUUGGCAUGGCCUCAAGGUCGCGGCCACGAUGCCGGGCUGUGUUGACCAAUGGGUGCAUGCUCAAACGUGCCCGCUCAACCAAUGGAAACGCCGAACCAAAGACGUGUCAGGGCCACGAGUCGGCACCCAUAUACUCCUGCCGUGUCUCCUUAAAGUCCAUUUCACCACGACCCCACGACCUCGCCAAGGCUAUGAUUUUUGCACUUUUGGCUCCCCAACGGUGUGUCGCGGGCCGGUUUUAUUGCGUCGCCACCAGACUCGACAAUUACGCCCGCCCGCCUGCCCUGUCCCGCGGCCUUACCCCAGAAGUAAUCAGCUACGACCCGGUCACCUUCGCUACGGACAUGUGCCCACUGUCCGACCGAAUGAAGUGGUGUCCAUUAUCCGACGACCAGAUCUACAAAACUCAGCUUCAACGUAGGCAGCUCGCCAACACCAGUCGCCUGCCUCGAGUUGGCUUCCUUGCAACCUCAAUUCGAUUCGGUGAAGCUCAUCCAAACCUCGACGACUCCCACAGGACCCCUUGUCCACGCCGGAGUUUUCAGCCAUGGGAGUUGCGUUUCGGUCAGUCGGAAGUGGCCACAAAAGACUGCGGAAGCUGUAGAGCUUGUUCAUUCUGGCAGGGUGUGGGCACCGACGUGAACAUCCUCAAUUGCUUCGACCUCUUCACCUCAAACGAGGUGCUCGACGGCGCAGAACAGCCAGUACAUCGUCCGGCUAGUAGUGCCUUGCCCGUGAGUUUGCAUUUCACCAGGCACCAGUACGACCUUUUUAACGCCUUGCACCCGUUGUACCACCUCGACCUGCUUUCCUAA